AUGGGGAACAGUAAAAGUGGUUCGCUCUCUAAAGAGCUCCUGGAGGACUUGAAAUUAAACACAAAAUACAGUGAGGAGCAGCUGUAUACCUGGUACCAGACCUUCUUGAGAGAGUGCCCAAGCGGUCGGAUCAGCAAGGAGCAAUUUGAGAACAUCUAUGCCAGUUUCUUCCCAGACGCUGACCCAAAAGCAUACGCCCAGCAUGUUUUCCGAAGCUUUGAUACGGACAGCGAUGGCACCCUGGACUUUAAGGAGUACAUUGUGGCUCUGCAUCUCACUUCAUCUGGGAAGACCAUGCAAAAGCUUGAGUGGGCCUUCGCCUUGUAUGACGUCGACCGGAACGGUACCAUAACCAAGAACGAAAUUCACGAAAUCGUCAAGUCAAUAUUCAACAUGAUCUCCAAAGAAGACCAGAAAAAUCUCCCUGAUGAUGAAAACACCCCUGAAAAAAGAACAGAUAAAAUCUGGAAUUUUUUUGGGAAGAAAGAAAAUGAUAAAAUAACAGAAGGAGAGUUCAUUCAAGGAGUGAUGGACAAUAAGAAUAUUCUCAGACUGAUCCAAUUUGACGAACCACAGAAGGUCCAAGAGAGGCUAAAAGAGAAGAAGCAGUAA